AUGGCUCGAGGACCAGAACUUUGUGGCGUGUCACUGAUGCGGCUGACGUGUGUGGCUGGGAUACUAGCAUUGUUGUUUUGGAGUGAAAGGAUAGUAGUGUUCAUGAAUGUCGAACAAGACAACAUACACCAAGAACAUGCGACACAGGGUGCCAAGACGAUUUUGCCCAAAUAUGGUUUGACUGUAGACAGCGAGAAGAACGAUCUGCCCACAGAGGCAGCAGGAACGAAGAUGAGAGCAAAAAAACUGGGCAAAAUACCCGUAGUUAGGGCCACGAUUAACUCUGAUGAUGCGAAUUCAGAAAAAUCUGUGCCCCAAAAAACCCCAAAAGAUGGGUAUGAUAAUUUGUCACGUGCGGCAUAUUAUCAGCGUCGGAAGGAGAAAGUUAAUCCGCACGAUUUUCACUACAUCAUCAAAGAAGAAAAGUUUUGUGAAAAGCUGUCAGAGCCACCGUACCUGUUGGUGUUGAUAUGUUCUUAUCACGACAGGGAGUAUUCGAGAUUAGCAGUAAGAGAGACGUGGGGAAGCGUGUCCCAGACUCAAUCAUGGGUGGACGGAAGACCUCUAAAGCAAGCAGUCAAAAUACUGUUCUUCGUCGGUACCCAUAUAGUCUCAUCGUGGAACAAAAAAAUCGCACACGAAAGUCAAAUUCAUAGCGACAUCAUUUUAGAGGAUUACACAGAAAGUCCUUUCAAUGCGUCUAUAAAAACAAUCGGCGCAUUUAAGUGGGCAGCAGCUUUCUGUCCUCAAGCAAAAUACGUACUUAAAGUGGAAGAAGACGUGUUUAUUGAUAUCCCCAAAGUACUUGAUAUUCUCAGUCACUCUAAUACAAUGUACGGAGCGCGCCAUGCCAAGUUUUCUGUCCAACGCAACGGGCAGUGGGCGGUGCCUUACAGCGUCUUUCCUUUUGAGACCUUUCCCCCUUUUCUUGGCGGGCCAGCGUACGCCAUGUCGCUCGAUCUGGCAAAACGGGUUUACGAGGCGUCGGAAUAUUUCCCGAUGAUUGUUUUAGAAGAUGCUUACGUUACUGGCGUUCUCAGAGAGGUAGUUGGAGCGGAAAUUAAACAGUUUGAGGAAUUUGGAAAUUGGGGCUCAAGGCAACCUUCAUCAUGCGAGGUUGCCCACGGUAAAGUUAUUGCUGGGAAUAGACUCGAAGCAGACGACAUGUUAUUUUUGUGGGAAGAUCUCAAGGAUUCUCAUUUGAGGGAGAAGUGCGGCUAA